UCAGACUACAAACUGGAGACAGAAAUAAAUAUUAAAGAAAUCAUACACCCAGGUAUAGAGGAAGAUAUGAAUUCCUAUUUUACAAACCCAUCGUUAUCUUGCCAUCUAACCAGUGGCCAAGAUGUGCUACCCAAUGUAGCUCUCAAUUCAACGGCUUAUGACCCCGUCAGGCAUUUUUCUACCUAUGGAGCAGCCGUUGCUCAAAACCGGAUUUACUCUUCUCCUUUUUAUUCACCGCAAGAUAAUGUUGUGUUUAGUUCCAGCCGAGGACCAUAUGACUAUGGAUCUAAUGCUUUUUACCAAGAAAAAGACAUGCUUUCUAGCUGCAGGCAAAAUUCUAUGGGACACAAUACACAGACUUCAAUUGCACAGGAUUUUACCAGUGACCAAAACAGGAACACUUCGCAAGAACAAAAAACUAGCAUUCAAAUAUAUCCAUGGAUGCAGCGCAUGAACUCCCACAGUGUUUGUCUUGUUUCUGAAUCCCUAGGAGUAGGCUAUGGAGCGGAUCGUAGAAGGGGUCGCCAGAUCUAUUCCCGCUACCAGACCCUGGAACUGGAAAAGGAGUUCCACUUCAACCGCUACUUGACAAGGCGGAGGAGGAUUGAGAUCGCCAAUGCACUUUGCCUAACGGAGCGUCAGAUCAAAAUCUGGUUCCAGAACAGGAGGAUGAAAUGGAAAAAAGAAAGUAACUUGAGUUCCACUCUGUCUGGGGGAGGCGGCGCAGGCGCUGGGGCAGCUGCAGAUAGCUUGGGUGCAAAGGAAGAGAAGCGAGAAGAGACAGAGGAGGAAAAGCAAAAGGAGUGAAAAUUGACGGCUCAGCCCCUCAUGCCCCCCCCCACACACUCCCCACCCUCACCCCUAUCCACAUACACGCUAUAUUUAUCACUGGCACAAGUUAUAUGUUUGGCUACAUUAAAAAAAAUUAAGAGCCAAAUGUGGACAUGAAAGACAGACCUUCCCCCUCCACUCACCCUCCACUCCCCAAUAUUCAGUUCAUAACUUGCUCCACAAUCCCUUCUAGGUUUUGACUAUAAACCCUCACUUAGCCCCCAUCUUGCCUAUUUAUCUAACUUUGAACGCAGUUUUCUUCCUAAAAAGAAAUUGGCUUGCAGGAGGCAGAUCACCCUGUAGUGUUGCCUAGUUGUGUUGGGAUGAUCCUUGUAAGAUGGACUCUGUGCAGUUAUCUUAUUAUUAUUAUCAUCCAGAAAACGAGUUUCCCACCAUGUUGAAAAUAAUUCCCUGAAAUCUCUUUCCACCUAAAUAUAGCAUUUUCAAGAGUAACCUAAUUGUAUUUAAACAAUACCUGGGCUCAUCAUUGCAAACUGUGACAGUUUAUGUGUGAAUAUUUUUAGCUGUAUUUGUGGUAUUUGUAUUUAUAUUUAUGUUUAGCACUGUAAUGUUCAACAGUAUAAAGUGAAUGGAGGUCUAUAGCAGUAGGAAAAAAAAUAUCUUGUGUUACACCCUCUCAUGUAUAAAGAUCAU